AUGGAGGGGAAUCUAACUAUCGAGAAGCUUCCACAAGAAGUGACACUAAAAAUAUUAAGAUAUUUAACCCCCAAGGAGACUCAUGGAUUGAUUGGGAAUCUUCAAAGUUUUGAACCAUCAAAGACUACGAAAGUCUUGAUUGAAUUGUCCUUUAGAAGACUUUAUUCUGGCAAAACUCUUAUUUAUAGUACGUCAGAAGGCGAUAAGAUAUCCCAUAGAGGUAUUACAGACGUCUCGUUGAAGUUCCGUGAAUUUCUUGAUGCCAUCGAGUAUCCAGAUUAUCAACAAAAAGAGCUUGCUCAGUUUAGACUCGUUAGACCACAGACUCUAGACUUUAAAUUCAAUCGUAGUGCCAACGAUUAUACUAUAUUUGUUGCAGAUUUGUAUAAAUUUGCAUCUAUGGUUGAUCUGUUAGAAACCAGUAGAGGUUCAAAUGUCUCACAAUAUUUCAAAUGUGUUCAUCAACUUGAACUUCAUAUCAAUGGCAAUUCGAUUCUUAUAGAGACUCCAAGUUCUAUUGUUGUAUCUAUUCUUAAAACGCUCAUUAGUAUUGCUAGCAAGAAAAAUCCGCUAAAAGACCGUUUCAAGGUACUUCUGAUUAUUUGCACUGAUAUUGGAGAUUAUUUUAUAACUCAAUGGUUCCAAGUAUUUGGAAGAUUUGCAAACUUGGAAUCAUUGGAUUUAAGUGAUAAUAUGAUUCGUAGCGCUAGGUUUAAUCCUGAAGAAGAUUGGAUAAAGUGUGCCACUUGGCCUCCAAGAUUGAAAUCCCUUUUCUUGGAUAAGAAUAUGAUCACAAAGCUUACCAAGGAAUUAAUUAUAUCAUUCCCCACUCUGCUUGAAACACUACUGAUUUCAAAAAAUCUGUUAGUAGUAGUUGGAUAUUCUGAUGAAUUCUUUGAAUUGGGAAAAGGUUUACCUAACUUGAAAUAUUUAAAUUUGAGUGACAAUCGAGGGUUAAAAUUUGUUAAUCCAGAAAUCUUUGAUGGACAUUGUAAAUUGGAAGUUUUAAAUUUAAAGGGAUGUUAUAUGGAUAGAGAUAAUUUAGAAGAAUUAAGAAAGAUUUCCUUAAAAAAUGAAUUCAGAUUAAUAAGUGAUUGA